AUGGUGGUGAUCCGUAAUGAUUCAGAUCGAUGGUGGUCCGCAGUGGUUCAAAUGGAGGUGGUCAGCGGUAGUUCAGAUAGGCAGUGGCAGUGGUGGUUGUUCAAAUCGGUGGUGGUCGGCGGAUAUACGUAUAUGUGUAGUGGAGAAUCCAUCGGUGAUCCGUCAAAAGUUACCGAUGGAUUUUUUGGCCGUAGACCAGCUAGAACCAUAAUUUCUGCUAUGGAAGUUGAAAUCAUUUCCAAGGAGACCAUCAAACCAUCGUCUCCAACACCACACCACUUGAAAACCUUCAAGCUUUCCCUUUUAGAUCAGAUCGUAUUGAAUCCUUAUCUACCAGUCAUCUUCUACUACCAAAACCGCAACGGCGACACCAUUUUCCAAGCCCAAGAAAAGUCAUCAUCCUUGAAGGAAUCUCUAUCGAAAACCUUGACUCAGUUUUACCCAUUUGCUGGAACGAUCAAAGACGAUAUUUCUAUUGAUUGUAACGAUGCUGGUGCUUAUUACGCCAUAGCUUUGGUCCGUCUCCGUCUCGACAAGUUUCUGCAUGAUCCUGACCUCAAGUUGACAGAUGGGUUGCUGCCGUUUCGACCUACUUUCGAGGCGUCUGGACCAGGUGCUCGUGUAACCAAUGUUCAAGUGAACAUCUUCGAGUGUGGUGGGAUCGCUAUCGGGUUGUGUAUGUCACACAAGAUCGUCGAUGCAGCUGCACUCUACACGUUUCUAAAAGGAUGGACCAAUAUGGCUUGUGGAGCUACAGAAGUCGUGCAUCCAAACUUAACUGCACCUUCUCUCUUCCCUGCUAACGACUUGUGGCUUAGAGAAGCAUCAAUGGAGGUGUGUGUGUCGUGGUUAAAGGAAGGGAAGUGCAGCACGAAGAGGUUUCUAUUCGAUUCUGAUGCCAUCUCCUCACUAAAAGCUGAAGCAACCAGAAAUGGAGUGCAAAACCCUACUCGUGUUGAGGUGGUAACUGCUUUGUUAUGGAAGUGUGCCGUGGCAGCAUCCAAACAAACAUGUGGUUUCCAGAAGCCGUCUCGCAUAAACCACACCGUGAACAUCCGUAGAAAACUCGCAUCACCCUCAUCAAAAGACUUGAUCGGUAACGUGAUUUGGUUCGCAACCGCAGAGUGCCCGGCUAACGACGAGACUACAUUGAUCGAUUUGGCGAAAAGGGUGCGCGAAUGUGUUUCGAAAGUCGACGUCGAGUUUGUGAACAACGCACAAGGCGAUAAAGGGUAUAUCGCGAUGCGGGAGUUUAUGAAAGAAACGGGAGAAACUAGCUCGAAAGGAAGCACGGACGUCUUCAAUUUUACGAGCUGGUGCAAGAUGGGUUUCUACGAUAUCGAUUUCGGUUGGGGGAAACCGAGCUGGAUGACUGGUGUUAUCGGCAUUGGCAACCCGGUGUUCUUGAACAUUAUCAACCUAAUGGACACAAAAUGUGGUGAAGGAAUAGAAGCAUGGGUGAAUUUGGAUGAAAAAGAGAUGGAGAUUCUACAAUGCAACCCAGAGCUGCUUGCAUAUGCUUCAUUAGAUCCAAGUCCUGGCUUAAGCAGUUAA